GAGAACCAGCUCCUGUAUAGGAAGACCAAUACCUCUAUCGAAGAACGGCCUUGCACUUGCACGACGAGCAGCCUUUAAUGUGUAUUAUUUUAUUUUCUUCAUCUUCUCGCGCAUUCGGCGUGUGUGUGAGUUUAGUUCGGUAGCAGAUUCUCGAAGAACAAGGUCAUCAUUGUACUAGCGAGUACACGGUACCGUACCCGUAUUGUUUGUUUGUUUUUUUCUCUCUUUUUCUCCGUCUGUCUCUCGAUGUUCGACCAAGAUUUAUUUUGAGUUUUUAUCCCCUGCUCUGAUAUAAUACUGCGACCCCCUCGCGUGUAUUUUGAUCGCGUUUUUAUUCAUAUUUUCAAGUGCGCGUGUGAGAGAUUCUUUUUUCGCGUUCGUAAUCGGUUUUCGGGUUUCGUUCGCGGUUGCUACGUAAUUUUCCAAGGGAAAAAGAAGCAUUUUUUUUCGCGAAAAUGGAGACUUGUGUGUUGAUUCCGCAAGAACUGUCUUUAGUUAUAAGCGGCCAGAUUGAUCAUAAACGCAAAUACCCCAGCAACAUCAGCGUCAACGUGUGGACCAAUGUGACCAUCUCGAAAGGUACCCUUAUUCGACCAUUUCAGGGCACCAUCCGGCUCGAUAAAUUGGACGUGUUCGAUUAUUUGGAUGCUCAUGACAUACGAAACAGAUUCGGUUGCUACGAUGAAAUUAUGGAAAUAAAUAGAAGACAAGUCAGACACUGUAAUUGGAUACGAUUUUUAAGAAUAGCCUCUGAACCUUCUGAUGAAGUUAAUGUAGUUGGAGAAAAAAUAAAAGGCGAGCCGAUAUAUAGAGCUGUUAAAACGAUACCAGCGAAUUCAGAAUUAGUUGUUCGUUACAUACCCGAACGACCUGAAGAAAUAUUCUUCAUGCCAGUGCAUUUCUUUCGUCACAACAUCUACCGCAGAACCAUAGAAGAAUCGCCUUUAGACUUGUCAACAUCGUUAUUAUCUAGAUCUCUAAUAAAUUCGUCAUCGUCGACGUCGUCUUCACCACCCAGCGUCGAUACCGACGAACGUAAAUCAAUAUCGGAAGAUUCCUCCACAGCAUCUCUGGUCGGUGACAUACUCUCGGAAACUACGCUAAAUAAACCCCGUCAUACGUCCAUAAAAAGUCGAACGUGUCGCGGCGAACGAGCUUUAUUACCUUGCGAAGUAUGCAGAAAAGCCUUCGACAGACCUUCGCUGCUCAAAAGACACAUGAGAACGCAUACCGGAGAAAAACCGCACGUUUGCGUCGUAUGUAAUAAAGGCUUUUCAACGUCCAGUUCUUUAAAUACGCAUCGACGAAUUCAUAGCGGCGAAAAACCGCACCAGUGUCAAGUAUGCGGCAAACGAUUCACAGCUAGUUCCAAUCUAUAUUAUCAUCGUAUGACGCAUAUUAAGGAAAAACCACAUAAAUGCAAUCUCUGUUCAAAGUCAUUCCCCACACCAGGAGAUCUCAAAUCACAUAUGUAUGUGCAUAACGGUUCGUGGCCUUUCAAAUGUCACGUUUGUAAUAGAGGUUUUAGUAAACAUACCAACUUGAAGAAUCAUCUAUUUUUACAUACCGGUGAUAAACCACAUUCCUGCGAACUGUGUCACAAAAAAUUCGCUUUGGCUUGCAAUCUAAGAGCUCAUAUGAAAACACAUGAAAGUGACUCUCAAGAAGAAUGCCUCAGCUGUGGUAAAACCUUUUUGACGUUCUCGUCUCCUCUCAACGAUCGUAACUUCUGUCGCGAGUGUUUGAACGAAAGAAGCCCCCAGAACAACAACGAGUUCCCCGGUAAGAAAUUCUCAUACCCUGACUCAGCCAGUGAAGAAGAAUCGUACACGACUGAGAUCGACGAACACGAAGAAGAAAUCCACGCCGAAAAAUGAUUUCGAGAAAAGGGGCAAUAGAGAAUGAGACCAUCGUCACCUCAGCUGCAUUCAAUUACACGCAGAGUACCUAUAGACUUUGGAUCUCAAAUAUCUGGAUCUGGAAUUUACCGACCAGGCCGACUGCACGGAAUCGCGAUUAUUUCUAUAUCCACAACAGCAACAACAACAGCAACGAUGACCGAUGAAGACGAAGAGGACUAUAAGACGACAACGACGACUACGACGACGACCUAGAACUAUCAAAUCUUAUUCCAUGCUCCCUCUGCUCGUGGCUUGGCCAAUGAUUCGGUAUACAAUUACCGCCGUUCUGUUCUAGAUUCGCGCGACAGUAAAAUUGACGUAGUGUACAGCGGCCUUUUACGUAUAAUUUUGUGUCGGCGCGGCGGCGGCUUGCCGCAUAAAGCCAAAGGGUAAAAAGAAUGGGAAAUAUCCUCGACCUGUACAAUACUAUAUAUACAUAUUCUGCUCGCACUGAUAUAUUUUCUCUCUCUGUUUGUUCGUAGUAAUAAUAGUAGUGUAUGUAGUAUUAUUGCUCUAUGUGCACAUACGACAGCCUUACUCUCUUCCCUGCUCACUUUCUCGCCGUUUCUCUCUAUAUCUAUCUGUAAUACGUAUGUACUUGUAAACCAUAUUAACGUUAAUUAAAAUGAACCAGUCGUUUAAAAUGGAUGUAUGUAAAUACACGGCGCGUAGCGAUAGAAUAAAAGUCGCUGACCACCCAGCUCUCGAGCCUUCUUUUAAUGGUUUCGUAUAGUAUAGUAUACGCGGUGUCCGCAUCGUACUGUACGGACCGCCGCAUAUUAUCCAUAAUUAUUAUCUCGAUCGAUUCAUCAUUGUCCAUCUGUCUUUUGCCUUUUUUUUUAUAUGUUCCAUCGCACAGCAUCUUUUCGUCUCUCUCUCUGUCUCUCUCACACGCAGCCGAGUCGAUUUUACGACAAUAAUACGGCUAUAUCGAUAUUAUGUACUUCCUUCCUCUUCACUUCCCUAUAGCUAUGGGUUUCCUGUACUUUGAAAAUUUGGUACUUUCGUUCAGAGGGUUCUCCUUCCAACUUCUCACACAGAAAAUACCUCCAUCUCUAUCCUUUUUGAUCGGUCAUAUCGUCUCAAAUAACUCGACAAAUGGAGGAAGGACCUCAGAAUUUUUCUCCUUCGAAUGAGUCUUUCAGUAUAUUUCGAAACAUAUCAAAGAUGAAAAAAAUUUUCAAUGCAUUUAUGAGAAAAAAAUAUAUAUAUUUUAAUUUUAGAUCUCAAAUUCUCAUUUCUUUUCUUUAUAAGCAUAUUUAAUUAAUGUAUUUUUUAUCGUCGAAAUAAAAUCAAAUGAAUUCGUCUAAAUGUACAAUAAUGAUGAUGAAUUAUGUACCUAAUUAUUUGGAGCAAAAAAAAUCAAACCACACCCCACCGCAUUUUUAAAUAAUAAAUAUAUGUAUAGAGUUCUAUAAAAAGGACACUAACUGUAACAGGGCUUGUGAAUUUACCAAAAUUUAUGAAAGCGUGUAUACUUAUUUCAGUCUGUUAAUGUAUAUUUUACGAGUAUGUAUAUGACGUUUUUUUUUUUAAAAAAAAGGAUGAUAUUUACGUACCUAUAAAUAAUUUAACGAUCUGUAUAUAAAAAAUAAGUUAUUUAUUGUUGCAUUAUUUCUUAAAUAAUAAUAUUUAUUAUUGUGAUAGACCGUUUAACACGCGGAACACAUUUGUAAAUUAUCUAUUUAUGUUGGAUUUUGUUUUAUUUUUUCUUUGAAAAUGAAAAGAAAUGUAUAGGUAUUUUUAGGAACGUUAUAUUCUUCAAUGCAACGAUACACUUUUAUGCGUAUGUUAAUGUAGAAACGAUGUGUAAAUUUCAUUUUCUUUUUUCUUUUUUGAAGUUGCUUAAUUUAAAUGUAUUUCUUGUCUAGUCAAUUAAUUAAUAUUCAUUCCGAGUUUUAAAUAUAAUAUUUAAAUUAUAACGUCGACGUGUAAAAAAUUUGGAAAAAAAAUUCUAUACAAUAUGUAAUUAUAUUGUAUAAAAAUAAAUUGCAUUUAAAAUGUUUA